AACUUGCAAGGAUUUUAUAAUUUAAUUACUUGUUACGAUGAAACAAUAAAUCAUAAUUAAACAAAAACCCAAAACAGCUUCCCCCAAUCCAUUUCUCUCCUCUCCUCGACUCUCAAACCCUAUAGAACCUCCCCCAAACAGGCAAAGUGGGAUUCAUGAAAUUAGAUGGAUUCAAUCAAUUCAUUCAAGGGGUAUGGUAAAGUUGACGAAGUGGAAGAACUAGCUUUCAGGCGAAAGAAACGAAGGCGUCUCAUCACCCUUAUCAUCCUCAUUCUCCUCCUUUUAACACUCAUCACUGCCACCGUCGUUGGGAUUUUUUUACACAAGCGAAGCUCCUCCUCCCCCAACACUCUUCCCCCGCCUGUGUUGACUCCAGCCGCUUCACUCAAAGCUGUUUGUAGUGUGACUCAGUACCCGGCUUCCUGCUUCUCCAGCAUAUCUUCCAUUGCUUCCUCGAAUACUACCGACCCAGAACUCCUCUUCAAGCUGUCUUUGAAAGUAGCCAUCGAUGAGCUCUCCAGGUUGUCUCACUAUCCCACCAAGCUCAAAGCUGAAACUAAUGAUAUCCAACUGAAAUCCGCUUUACAAGUAUGUGAAACUAUGUUCGACGACGCCUUGGAUCGAUUGAAUAAUUCAGCAACUUCCCUUGAAGUUGGAGAAGGGGAGAAGUUGUUGUCAGAUUCCAAGAUCGGCGACUUGAAGACUUGGCUAAGUACUGCUAUAACUGACCAGGAAACAUGUUUAGACUCCCUGGAUGAGUUAAACGCCACAAAGCACUUCAACGCCACAGUUGUUGAAGAAAUGAAAGCUGCCAUGCAAAACUCAACUGAAUAUGCCAGCAACAGUUUGGCUAUAGUUGCCAGAAUCUUAGGUUUAUUGACUGAUUUAAAUAUUCGUAUUCAUAGGAGGUUGCUUGGGUUAGAGAAAGCAGGUUCGGAGUUCCCGGCUUGGGUUAGUCCCACUGAAAGGAGACUAUUGCAGGAAUCCAAGCCUACCCCCAAUGUUAUUGUGGCUCAAGAUGGUUCUGGGAAUGUCUUGACCAUUAAUGAUGCGGUGAAAUUGGUAGGAAAAAAGAAUGAAUCAAGGUUCGUUAUAUAUGUGAAGGAAGGCAAGUAUGUUGAGAAUGUGAUUCUUGAUAAACACAUGUGGAAUGUGAUGAUUUACGGUGAUGGCAAAACAAAGACUUUAAUUUCCGGCAGCCACAACUUUGUUGAUGGAACUCCCACAUUUGCUACAGCUACUUUCGCUGUGGCAGGAAAAGGAUUCAUUGCAAAGAGCAUUGGGUUCAUUAACACAGCUGGUGCAGCAAAGCACCAAGCAGUGGCUAUGCGGUCUGGUUCUGAUCGCUCCGUAUUCUACCGCUGUGCAUUUGAUGCCUACCAGGACACUCUCUAUGCCCAUUCCAAUCGUCAGUUUUACCGGGAAUGUGACAUUUUGGGCACAAUUGACUUCAUUUUUGGGAAUGCAGCAGUUGUUUUCCAAAGUUGCAACAUCCUGCCAAGGCAACCUUUGGCUAACCAGUUCAAUACCAUCACAGCUCAAGGCAAAAAAGACCCUAACCAAAACACUGGCAUUUGUAUCCAGAAAUGCUCAAUAACUGCAUUUGGCAACCUUACUGCUAAAACCUACCUUGGCAGGCCCUGGAAAGAAUUCUCCACUACUGUUAUCAUGCAGUCAAAGAUUGGGGCGCUCUUGGACCCAGUGGGCUGGAAAGGAUGGGUUGCCAAUGUUGACCCACCUAUCUCAAUCUUCUAUGCAGAAUAUCAGAACAGUGGACCUGGAUCAAACGUGGAUAAUAGGGUGAAAUGGGCUGGUUACAGGUCCACUCUCUCAGACAUUGAUGCUGGGAAGUUCACGGUGGAAACGUUUAUACAAGGCCAUGAUUGGCUUCCUAAUGCCACUGUCUCCUAUGAACCUGCUUUAUAAUCCGAUAGCUGACCCCAACUUAGGGUUGAGAUAUGUUCAAAGCUCAAACUGAUAUAAUGUUUUUUUUCUUUUUUCUGACAUUAAAAUUUGUUUGUGGAACCAUAUAAAUGUACCAUAUAUAAUUCAAAUGUAUUAAAGCUCAA